CUCAAAAGGGAGUUUCUCCCUCUAACUCAAAACCUAAAUGUUAAAACUUCAACUCAAAACCUAAAUUAUCGAUUAUCAGCGAUCAGCCCCCAACCGCCGAUCUCCAACAUCCAAUACGGCGUGUCGUUUUUCAGAUGGAUCUUGACGCGAAAAGGUUUGGAAGAGGGCCUCGGGAACUUGGUGGUGCUGCCAAUCUCAUUAAUCAAGAUCAGGAAAGGGGAGGGGAUGAAAUUGGAUCAGCUAUUUGAGAACACCCCUUAUAUGAGAGAAAGGAAUGCAAACAUACAUCCUUUCGAUUUGGGUAUGCUUAGUGAAGCUUUCCGAAUAAAGGAGACAACUCCUGUUCAUUUACCUUCCGCCGAGAAAGGGAUUCGUACCUCAGUGGUGAAGUCAAAGGGUGAGUUAGAAGACAAGGAAAGGAAGCAUAAAAAGAACAAAGACAAGGAUAAGGAUCGUAAGAAGCACAAAAAACGUCGCAAGGACAACCUCGGUGAUGCUGAUUACAGCAAUAAGAAUGUUACUAAUGGCUUGAAAACUGUGCAGUUGAAGGAACAGCCAGAUAUGUUCAUUCAGAAGAGGAGGCUCAAUGGUUAUGAAGAUCUUUCUGUCCGUGAAAAUAAAAGAGUGAGAAUCCAAAGAUAACUGAGAAUGGCAAGCUAAAGGUGACUCCUUGACGGGUUGAAAACACAUUGCUUAGAUUUGUCUGGAUUUUAU